GGAAUUUUGAGGGUUGUAAAUUUAGGGUCCAGAUAACAAGGCCUUCCACCCCAGCAUGUCCCCUGCCGUCAACCGCAAGCUGCCCAGAGCAAACUUGGAGCAGAAGAUCAUGAUUCUGGACCAAUUCCACAACUCCAAGCGUCCGCAGAGCGAGAUUGUUAGCUAUUACCGCAACCAAUUCGCGAUCUCCACAUCCAGUCUUUCGGAGUGGCUGAAGAACGAGGACGACCUGCGCCAACGCUACCGCGAGACGCAGCAGGUCGACAGCGCCACGUCCAAGUCCUUGCGCACGUCCAAGCGCAAACUAUCGUUCAAGUACGAGCCCAUCAACAAGGCCAUGUACAAGGUGGUUGAAGAGCGGUUGGCCCAGAAUCUGCCCAUUUCUGAGCCGAUCUUACGCGAGUACUGGGUUAAAUUUGCCAAGCAGUAUGGUGUUACCGACCCGAAACGGCUGCAGUCGUUCAGCCACGGCUGGCUGUCCACGUUCAAGAAACGGCACGGUUUGAACAAUAUGAUGAGCCGUGACGGGAGACGACAGAACGAGUCCUCGGUUGCCGACCAGACCGCGACGUCGUCGGGCGUUGGGGCGGCCAGCACGACGUCUGAGUCGGAGCUGUCGAACGUGAUGCCUGCGCCAGAAUACUCGUACUCCAGUGCACCGCCACAGAGCUACGAUCACCAGCUAGCCCAGCCACAACCGACGUUCAGCAACACGAGUCAGCAGCAGCAGCAGAAUCGCCAGGGCCAGGGCGACAACCAGGAGUACCUCAUGAUGGACUCGAACAGCGCACAGCAGCAUGCUGCGCCACAUAACGUCCAGAGCGAGAGGUACCACCAGUACGACGUCAGCCACCUGCUCAAUAAUCCGGGGUCUGGCACCCCCUCGAGGUCGCUCGCUCCUCCGCAGAGCACUCCGGGCGCGCAAAAACACCAGCUCUCGCACUCAUUGACCCCACAAAACGGCCCAGUCAACUCGCCCGUGGCACAGUUCCAGGCUCAGGUGCAAGGAUAUCUUCCCGUGGACCACCGGUUCCCUACAAUGACCCCAAGACAGCAAAGACCAGAACCGGAGCAGGAUAUCACGGUGGAUAUCUCCGACAUGGAGAAGUUCAUUUUCGUCUACUCGGAGCGAUUUUUCCAGCAGUACGGCUACCAAUUCACCAAGUCGAAGGAAAUAUUUGACGCAUUCAAGACCAAAUUUAUGGAAGAGAAAUUAAUUUAUAACUCGAGCGCACUCAAGCCGGGACAAGCUAUGGACGACUUCUUUCUACGCAGGAUGAGAUGAAAUAAAUCAUAACCUAAUUAGAAGCCUCUAUUUGGAGCAGAGCCCGCAACCUAGUUCAUGUCUCUGACAGGUUGUCCAGCACUCUGCUGAUGUUGCUGCUGUAUCAUUUCUGCUUCAUACUGCUCCUGCUGGACGUUGCUGCCGUUCAGAGCCUCGGAGCUCUCGAUCUCAUGGAAGUCCAGAAUCUCGCUGUACAUCAUUAUUCUCCAAGUAUCAAGUGGCAGGUCUGCGUCGUUGAAACUCCAGUCAAACUUCUCCUCAGCGGUCGGCUCGUCCGAAGGGUCGUGGUAUGGGCUCAAGUACGGGUGUUCCAGCGCCUGUUCGGCAGUGACCCGCUUGCGAGGAUCGAAAACGAGCAUCUUGGAAAGCAAGUCGACGGCCUCAGGCUCGACACCCUUAAAUCGUUCAGACAACGGGACUGGCUCUUUGUGAGGAAGCGACUGGACGAAUCUGAGCGUGUUUUCCGAGCAAAUGGUAUCAAUAACGUCUGCAGGCGGGGAUCCCAAAAGCUCGGUGAUGAUCGAGAACUGGUGAACGUGGUCUUUGCCGGGGAACAGAGGCUUGCCUUCAAUCAUCUCUGCAAAAAUACACCCUGCAGACCAGAUGUCCACCUCUGUGUCGUACUUUUGCCACGUGAGCAUGAUUUCCGGUGCACGAUAGUACCGAGUGGAAACGUAACCCGUCAUCUGCGGGUCUUGAAUCCUGGCGAGGCCAAAGUCGCAUAUUUUCAAAUCGCAGUUUUCAUUAAUUAGAAUGUUGCUUGGUUUCAAGUCUCUGUGGAUAACCCCUGCAGAGUGCACGUACUUGAGUCCGCGUAGGAUUUGGUAUAAAAAGUACUGGAUGAACUGUUUCUCCAAAGGCCUUGACGUCAGCAAUCUGUGUAAAUCCGUUCCCUGUAGCUCGGUGACAAAGUAAAUGUCUUCCAGUGGCGACAGGAAAAUAUCGUCAAGCGAAAUCAGAUUUUCGUGUCUGAGAUGGUUGAGCAGUUUGAGCUCGCGAUACGUUCUCUUUGCCAACACAGCUGUGGAAAACGGCUUCAUAACCUUCUUGAUGGCAACGUUCUGUUGCGUCAACUUAUCCUUCGCAGAGCACACCAGACCAAACGCACCCAUCCCCACAGGGUUCAGCUCCGUGUAUCUGGACGUUGUUUCGAAUACCGUUCCGAAAAUCUGUGUUCUCGUAAACUCUUGUGUCAUGGGAAC